AUGAAGAGUGGCAAUCUCGAGGUACUUCAUUCCACUAUCGUGAAUCAAAUUAACGUAUUUUUACAAGAAAGAGGAAUCGGAAUUCCUGAUCAGUGGACAACCUAUGAACUGAUCAAGGAGCAUGUCAUUAAUGAUGAAACCUUAUUUAAUUUUAAUAAUACUGAUUAUUUGAACAAAAUGAUUGAAGAUCUUUCGGUUGCUCAAAACCCGGUAUGGGUUGAAGCAACCAUUGAUAUAAUCAAGAUUAUCUCCCCUAGCCCACUUGAUCAAUUUUCCAUUGUACCAUUUUUUCCUAUGAAGACAGAAAAGUUGUAUUUCUCAUUCACAAAUAAAUCUUUCAUUAAUUAA